AUGCUUAUCCGAAUACUCACCAGAACGACCGGCCCAAAAGAAUCCCGCAGCGGUUUCAAUUUGGCUCUAUGGAAAAUUUAUCAAAAUGAAAAAUUUCUUAAAAACUAUAAUCAUCAGCACUAUCAUCACUACAACUUCAACUCUUCUUAUUAUUCCACUACCAAUUCAGCUUCUCUUCGAUCAACAUCAACAUCAACAUCAACUCCAUCACCGAUCGAAAUAUUGAAAUUUAUAAUGUCUACUGCAUCCACUACCAAAGAAUUCCCCCCAUUAAUCUGUCUUGGUAACCCACUACUAGAUCUUCAAGCCACAGUCACCCCUGACUACUUGGCCAAAUACAACUUAAAAGCCAACGAUGCCAUCCUAGUGGAUGCCUCUUCUAACGAUGAAAAGAUGAAAAUCUUUGACGAAAUCUUAACAUUCCCAGACGUCAAAUUCGUCGCUGGUGGUGCUGCUCAAAACACAGCUCGUGGUGCCGCAUACAUUCUAGGUUCUCAAAAAACCAAUCAAGUUGGUUAUUUCGGUUCAGUAGGUAACGAUAAAUUCUCCGAAAACUUACUAAAUGAAAACAAGAAAGCUGGUGUCCUAUCCUUAUAUCAAAUUCAAUCUGAUAUUGGUACUGGUAAAUGUGCCGCUCUUAUUACAGGUCAUGAUAGAUCAUUAGUCACAGACUUGGGUGCAGCUAACCAUUUCAAACCAUCUCAUUUAGAAGCUAAUUGGGAAUUCGUCCAGAAUGCUAAAUUGUUUUACGUUGGGGGGUUCCAUUUGACUGUGUCUCCAGAAGCUAUUGUUCUUUUGGGGAAACACGCUAAAGAAACUGGGAAACCAUUGGUGUUGAAUUUGAGUGCUCCAUUUAUCCCACAAUUCUUUAAGGAUGCCUUAGUGAAAGUCUUACCAUACGCAACUGUGGUCAUCGGUAAUGAAUCAGAAGCUGAAUCCUACGCAGAAUCAUUCGGAUUGGAUUGUGAUAAGAAGGAUUUGGUAGCCAUUGCUAAGUCUAUUGUCGGGAAUGAUGACAAAAAGACUGUUAUAUUCACUCAUGGGUUAGAACCAACUGUUGUUGUCUCGACUAAAGGUGUCUCUACUUUUGCAGUGAAACCAUUGGAAAGUUCAAGUAUUGUUGACACUAAUGGUGCCGGUGACGCAUUCGCUGGUGGGUUUAUGGCUGGGUUGACUCAAGGUAAAGAUUUAGAAACUUGUAUCGAUAUGGGUCAAUGGUUGGCCGCGUUAUCUAUUCAAGAAAUUGGUCCAUCUUAUCCAACUGAAAUAAUUCAAUAUCAAGCCUAA